AUGGACAGAUCAACAGAACUACUAACGGCGGAUGAUAGGGACCAGCUGUCGCAGUGGAUUGGUAAGGCGUGCCAUUUUGAGCUGCUUUACAAAAUCAGUCGUGACGGGUGUUCAGCAUCUAAAUUUCAUCAACUCUGUGAUGAUAAAGGUCCAACAGUGACAGUUCUAUAUAACACUGACAACAGUGCAUAUGGAGGCUUCCUCCUGAAACAUUGGAACUCCUCUGGUGGUUACAUCAAAGAUGAGCAUGCGUUUCUGUUUACAUUAUACUUUAACGGUGUCAAAAGACCGAGGAAAUUUGCCGUUACCAAUACAAAUAAAGCUGCCUAUGCACAUCAAAAGUUAGGACCAACUUUUGGUGAAGCGGACAUGUCUGUGAUAAAUCCAAACAAUCAAAUAUAUGCAAUGAAAGGAGUAAACCGAGCUGGAUUUUCAACCACAAUCAGCAGGAGUAGGGCAUCUGAUAUGAUGACAUUUCAUGAUGACGUCAAUAUGUCUAUUGAACGUGGGAGUCAGACGCGAUUCUUCACGCUCAAUGGUCGGGCUGAAUUUGGAUCAGCAUUCCAAAGACCAUCUGAGAAUAUGCAUGCUAUAAAUAAUGGUCACAUGUGUGUAUUUGAUUUAGAAGUUUAUUCAGUGCAAGCUAGGAGACCCGCCGUUGUUCCUCCACAGCCACAAUUGCCGACAAAGACAUGGAGGGAACCACCACUCUGGGAUGAAAAAAAUUUCCAAACUUUGAAGCACUUUGUCUCCAAUUACAAACCACUGAAAGACAUGAACAUUCCGGAUGUUAAUAUUUUACUAGUAGGACAGAUAGGCUCUGGGAAAUCAAGUUUCUUCAAUACAGUCAACUCCAUUUUUCGUGGUGAAAUUACUGCACGUGCUUGUGCUGGAAAUUCUCCACACAGUGUGACUACGAAUCUACGUAAAUACAGAAUCAGGAACCAAGAGACGGGUGGCUAUCUUAAUUUCCGGCUUUGUGACACCCGUGGAAUAGAAGAAGAAAUGUCCAUCAAAACCCAAGACAUGGGACUUUUACUAGACGGGUAUCUUUCUGAUCAGUACAAGUUUAAUCCUAUGGCAAAUGCCUGCCAAAGGGAUCCAGGGUUUAAUUCCAGACCUUCAUUUAAGGACAAAAUUCACUGCGCGGCUUUCAUUAUAGACGGAAGUUCUGUUGAUGUUCUGCAAGGAAGCGUCCCUCGAAAAUUGUUGGAAUUUCAAUCUCUGAUGGUAGAAAGGGGCAUUCCACAGGUCGUGUAUCUGACCAAAUUGGACAAAAUCUGUCCUCUGGCUGAUAAAGAUGUACGUAUGCUCUUCUAUAGCGAGGCCUGCAAAAAAGCACUCGAGAAAACUGCGGAACUCAUUGGCCUUCCAAGGGGUCACGUGUUUCCGGUAAAGAAUUACGAAAAGGAGACUCAACUGUACACUCCUAUUAAUAUCCUAGUUCUGACAGCGCUAAGACAGACUCUUAUUUAUGCAGAUGAUUACUUAGAGGACCAGUAUGAAAUCUCUCAAACAGAAGAACAAGUCCAGCUGAUAAAUUUGAAGAAAAAAGAAUACAGUGACUCUGUAUAUGAUUUUCUGGUGAAUUACCUUACGUUUCCUACUUUGAAAACA